AUGAGUACUUUAAGUCCUCAAAAACCAGAUCCAUAUGGCUAUGAUUUUGCUCCAAUCGAACCAGAAAUUGAUGAAGAUAUGAUGGACAAUUGGUCAUAUUACCAGAAACUCUGUUAUUCGCAAAAUCCACCAGUUCCGGUUUUAUCGGCUAUGAAACCUCUAUGUGAUGGAUCAGAAUACUCAGCCAAAUUCAAACACUACAAAAUAGGCAAGCAUAUUGAUAUCAUUCUCCAGGUUCUAUUAAGGCUCAAAACAAUAAGUGAAUUAGAUCUUUGCGAUAAUGGUUUAGGCGAUACAUGUAUCGAUCCAUUAGCCGAAUUAAUUAAGAAUUCUGAUAAUCUUUCGUCUCUCGAUCUUUCUAAUAAUACUCAUAUCAGAUCUAAAGCCAUGUCUCAGAUACUAGAGGGUUUAUCAGAGAGCAAAGCACUUGAAUCACUCAAUAUAUCAAAUACAGGUUGCAUGCUUCUCGGAAAAGCCCUCGCAACUGUAGUUCAAAACUGUUAUACUUUACAGAACAUUUAUUUAUCAAACUGCGGUUUAGGAAAUUCUGUAAUCGACUUUGCCAAAGCUAUACCAAUGGGUCAAAAGCUUAGAAUGCUUGAUCUUUCUGCAAAUAGAUUACAUACUGGCGGUAAAAAGCUAGCGUUGACACUUGGACAAAAUAUAGCGAAAAGUUCAACCAUUUCUAUUGUCAAUUUAUCAAAGAACGCCCUUACAUCAGAACAAACGAUUUCGUUAUUACGCCCAUUGUCAGAUUCACCUCAUCUUAAGACCUUAGAUCUUUCAGGAAACUCAAUUGGAGAUGAAGCAGGUCGCGCCAUUUCAAAUUUCAUUAUGAAAGCUGCUCAUUUGAAGCAUCUUGAUAUUUCCGGAAAUCCUGUUUUGAAUGUUACAAUCAACUACUCAAAACUUAAGUCCACCCAGGCAGACGAUAAGGAUAAGAACCAAGGCAAUAAGAAAGACAAAAAGCCGAAAGAUCCUGUUCCAGGAGCAUUUUUAAUCUUAAAUGCUUGUGGAAAGAGUGGUUCUCUUAAGGAUAUCACGAUGAUUGGCCUUGUUACAAGAAUGACAGACUGGAAGAAUAGAGUUGACGCUGUUCAAGAACAAAAUCAGAAACUCAAAGUUCUUUACACCUCAGAAAUGUCCGCAGCUUAUGACUUUAGACAUGGAAACGAAGAUCCCCUCCCAGAAGAUCUCCCAGUUCAAGCAAGACCACAAACUGCUCAGCCAGCGAAAACAACAAGAUAA